GGUUUUAGAGUGUUGUUCAGUGGGAGUAGUGUGGCACACAGCAGAGCGAACUAAGGAAGCGGGAAAGCCAUGGCCUUUUCUUCACUGCGUUCAACCUCUUCUUCUGUGUUGAACAGAGUCCGAUUUUGCCAGCGCUCUUUCUCUGCCAAGCCCUCUUCUUCUUCUUCUUCCUCCCGGGCAGUCAAAGACAAAGACAGAGAGAAAAUGAUGUCUGAUUCCGACAGGGAAACGCCGGAGUACGAUGUCCCAACUUCAGGAAUCAGCCGACCACUUUCUGAGAUACUCAAAGAGCUGAACAAGAAGGUCCCUGAUUCCCUCAUCAAGUUUCGCCACGAACCUAAUGGCUUCUCCCUCAAAUAUAUCCCCUGGCAUAUUGUGAAUAGGAUUCUGAAUUUACAUGCUCCAGAAUGGUCUGGCGAAGUUCGAAGCAUCAAUUACUCAUCUGAUGGCAAGUCAGUUUCAGUUGUUUACCGUGUAACACUAUAUGGGACUGAUGCAGAGAUAUAUCGGGAAUCAACUGGCACUGCUUCAGUAGAUGACCCAGGUUAUGGGGAUCCUGUGCAGAAGGCAGAAGGUAUGGCAUUUCGUCGAGCUUGUGCUCGUUUUGGGCUGGGACUUCAUCUUUAUCAUGAGGACAUGUCAUAGACUGGGAGAUCCAAGUUUCUUUUUGGCAUCAGCAAAGAUCCCAAGUUUCUUAGUGGUAAUAGAUAUUACCAAGGAGGCAACUGUAAUUAAUUGUGCUUCUUGAUGCUCCGUCGUAUUGUAAGAUUGCUGUAUUAUGUUGUUCCAAGCUGUCAAAUUUUACCCAUCAACUAAUGACAGUAGGUAUUAGUGUCUAUAUAUCUGACCUGUUAAGGUGGAGGUUUUGAUAUUUCCUGCAAAUGUUUUAGGCCUAAGAAGCUUUGUUUGUUACAAGUAGAGGGCGUAGGAUCUUUUCUGGAUCUUCAUUUUGUAAAAGCCCAAUGAUGUUCUUUCAAGGUUCGCUUGGCCGUGGAUAGUUGGUAGUUUACUUUAUGUUCCUCCAACGCAGUUAGCUUAUCUUUCACUAAUGCUAACAUAUUUCUCAAAGUUAGGAUCCACUAGUAGGUAGCGGUAGGAGAGAUCCAUUAUGGUGGGAUGGACCGUUCUUGAAUUCUGGCCGGCAUUUCUGUCAAUCGGCGGAAGACCCACGCAUACUGGGAGGGUACGACUUCAAGGGAUGGACUGAUUCCUGGCUCAAUUUGUCCACCCAUUUGAGAAUGACAAGAGGUAGAAAAUAACAGUUUAGUUCCCAUUCUUCCCCGAAAGAACCCUCCAAAAGUGACGAAGGAACUUUGCAUCUCUGUCACUCUAAGCAACUUUGCGUGCUCUCGUUUUGUGCUA